UAAAAUGGUGGUCAUUUACUAAGACUUUUUCAGGACUAGACUUUUUGGAACUGAGAAUCCAUAUUUAUUAAGUGUAAUUUCUAUGACUCUAAUAAAAUUACAAAUUACGUACUGAAUGCUACUGUAUCUUAGAAUAAAAUCUAUUGUUCUACUGUCACUGCUGACUCAGUGCUGACCAUGAUACUAUUACUACUUUAAGAUAUGAAUAACUGUGUGAAAAUUACCUACUGUUAGUUUCUCAUUUUUUUGUUUUAUCCUGUUAACCGAAUGCUGAGGUUCGGGAACUCUUGCGUCUUACUAACAAUUGUAGCAGAUUUUACCAAUUAAGUAAUAUUUCCAAUACCGCCAAUGGAUUCCGUGACUGCUGUAACUGUCAUAUUGUAAACUGUGUCAACUCACAAAACAUUUUGGCUAUUUCGGCUGUAUUCCGUUUGCCUGUCCAAAUCAAAUAAAAAAGUAUUUGUGCUUAUGUGCAACCUUGAGUUUGAUGUUUGUUUUGUUUUGGUUUUGGACACAAAUUUUAGCUUUGGCGUUUGUGCCAAAAGUUAGGUAAGGUCAUUUCUAAGCGAAAUAGACCUUCUUCAAAUAUAUUGAAAAUGAAUAGUCAGUUGCAUGUCAUAAAAUAUGUUUAAUAAAAUAUAGAAUCCCUAAAGUCCUUAGACAAUUACUAAAUUGUAGGGUACUUUUUUUGGCCCACCUAGUAACCUCAAAGGGUUAUUCUGGCUUCUCCGGACGUGUACUGUGUAGGUGAGCUCGCGGGGCUCAACCUGCUGACCUGCUAACGCUAGCCUGGUAAGGGCUGUAGUGUACUAAACUGAAUAAUGGAUGAUGAAAACCUAGAUGAAACUGUUUUUCUCACACGUUUUCGAAGCCCGUCCUUUACCAAAGAAGAAGUUAUGCUAAUAUUGAAUUUAAUUGAGAAAUACAAAGAUGCCUUACUUAAUAAACUGACUAGCUCGUUUGCAAGCCGUACCAAAGAAAUUACCUGGAUGAAAAUAACGAAAGAGUUCAAUAAACUGAACCCACGCCAUAUCAGAACCAUGGAAAGUAUUAAAAUGAAGUGGGAAAACCUCAAGAGAGAUGUAAGAAAACUAUCAAACAAUUUGUUGGACAUAAACAUUGACCAGUUGGAUGAAGUGAAAAGUCGAGUCGUGUCAAUGAUGUGUGAAGCGGAGAACAGGACUGAAGCUGCAAAAUUAAACAUUGACUUAAAAUUAAAUGAUUUUGAAGAACAAGAUGAAAUUGUAACAAAUGUGGCAGAAAAUGAAACUUCAGCAACACAUGAAGAAAUAUAUUCUAACAAUAGCAGUAGUUAUGAUGAUGAUGAGAGUGAUAUGACAAGAUCUCAAAGAAGUCCAGGUUUUAGAAGAGAUGAAAUAAUACUAUUAAUAUCAUUGAUUGAGCAAAAUCUGAAUAUAAUCUUGGACAAAAGCACAAAAACAACAAUAAAUGUAGCCAAAGAAAAAACUUGGAUGCAGAUAGCUGAAAUGUUCAACAAACAGAACAAACAGAAUAGAAUCCAGCGCACUGGAAACCAGUUAAAAACGAAAUGGGAAAAUCUGAAGAAAAUGGUGAAAAAAUGUAGGAAAGGCUCUAAAUAUGACCAGCAUGAGUGGGAUAGUAUUUUAGAUAAGGUCAUUGAAAUAAUAUCUUUAUCUGAAAAUAAAAAUAAGGAAUUUGAUCCUAAUGAAUCUAACUGUGAGUUUAACGAAUUGGAUGUAUUGAAUGGCCUGGAUAAUACCACAAACGGACAUAGCUUUGAAGACAAUAUUUCUGAUGAUUAUAAUAUAGCCAACAAUGCUACCAUAAGAGAUAGAAAAAGUAAAUUCUACGAUACAUCAAGAAAAUUUUCACCUCACGAAUGUAAAUUGCUCAUGCAAUGUGUGAAACAAGAAAAGAAAUCGAUGGCUGUACCGAAUUCGAAAUCCAAUAAAUUUAAAAGUUUGGCUUGGAUAAGGAUUACUAAAUCAUACAACAGGCUAAGUCCGCAGAAAAGAUCCACCAAAAUGCUCAGAAGCAAGUUCAAUAACUUGACGAGAUUAGCAAGAAAGAUUAGCUUCAAAGGUCCAAUUGUGGAUAUGUACAAAAAUCGUGGCGGUGGUAACGGGGACGAUGGUCGCGAGUAUAUCGUAAAACGAGAGCCUUCCGAAAAAGACUAUUCUGAUCUCGAUGAAAUAUGUGAUGAUGAUAAUGAUGCAAUCCCUCAUAACGAUGAUCACAAUAGUGUGAAUGCAACGGAUUUCAUUCAGGACCCACUAAUGACAGUUCUAAAUACGGAUUCCGGUAUAGAUGUAACACAGACCGAAGACAAAGAGGUGACCAAAUUAAAAAUAGAAUUGUUGAGUUAUAAAAAGGAAACUGCCAAGCUUGAAAGGAGAAGGAUAGAGAACGCUAUGGAAUCGGAUGCAUUAGAAGCAUCGUUGCGAUUAAGGGCUGCUAGACUUGAAGCCGUCGCGGCCGCCACGAAGCUACCCCGAUCCCACCCCGCCCUCGGGUUCACCCCCGAAGAAGCUAGGGCCGAAGAAUAUCUGCUUCGGUAUCAGAAUACCUGAUGUAACCGUAACGUGUUUGGGGUUACAAUAUUAGCGAAACAUUCGUUUGAGGUUAGAAUGAAUCUUAACGCAUUUACUAAAAUUAGAUUCAUUGUUACGAUCGUCAGUAAUAUUUUAGAUAAAAUGAAGACUGAGUUAUGUGUUAAGUGUAUCGUAUUGUUUGUAGGAAUUUAAUUAUAAAAUUGAAUUAAUAUUAUAAAAUUGGAUACCAAAGCCAAAGGCCUAAUAUAUUUCGUACUUUGUUUUUUUUAUUUUACAAA